AUGCCUCUUCACCUAAGAACACGCACCAUCGAUAUGGAGGAAUACUCAGGAUCUGACAUAUCGGUCGUAGAUGUCUACGACAUUGCAUCUGAGAUAGGAAAAGAAUGCGAAAAACUGAUAGAUUCUUUCGGAACUGAUGCUGUUACUGGACUCAUGCCAAAAGUUAUUAAUGCAUUGGAGUUAUUAGAAAACCUUGCUACAAAAAAUGAACGAGAAAUCACAACUGUGCAAGAAUUGACCGCACGAAUUUCGCAAUUGGAAAAUGAUAAAAUCGGAAAAGCAGAAGAUCGGCAAAGAUUUGAGAAAGAAGUUGAACAAACAGAAGAACACUGGAGACAAGAAUCUCGAGAUCUUGUUGGUAUGGUCACAAGACUACAAGAUGAAAAUCGUAGACUAGCUGAAGCUCUUCAAGAAUCUCGCAAUGACAGCCAGGACAGCGGUAAACAAUCUUUCACCGCCAGUCAAGAAGUUGAUAUCACUGUAUUACAACGGUUAAGAAGUAUGAUUGACAAGCAGAGAGAUCAAAUUCGUGCUCGCGAUCGUGAAUUAUCACAAAAAAACUUAGAAAUUGAAAAUUUAACGAUUCAAGUAGAAAAAUUGAGCGCUGUUGGUAGAGAAUUAAAGCGUAAACAACGUCAAGCACAAAUGCAAUCUCGUGGACUUGUUGAAGAACGAGCUGAUUUUCUGGCACAAUUACAAGAUCAAAACCGUGAAUUAAUCACCUUAAGAGCACGACUUGGUCUGGCUCGAAAAGAAAAUGAAGAUUUGACUAAAUCACAAGGGUGUCCUGAUCUCACAAAUAAAGUUAUUUACGAUCUUGAUGAUCCAGAUAGACCAAGAUUUACGACCGCUGAACUGAAAGAAAUUCUUCACGAACGAAAUGAAUUGAAAGCUCGAGUUUCUGAUCUAGAAGAUGAACUGGAACUCUAUCGUCCUAAACCUGAAACGCCAGAAGAUGACAAAGAUGCUCCUGUCCAAGGACCUUUACCUCACGAACCGGAUGACGCGCCUUGGAAAAAAUCUUCCGAAUCGGGCAUCCGAAAAUUCUUCCGGAAAAUCUUUUCCGAAACCAGCAGCGGAUUCUUAGGUGGAAGUAGUCCCAGAAGAAGCCUAUCGAGUCUUUCGAAAAUGGCCCUCUCGGGCAAUGGUGCCAAUGACACAUCGAUUUAA